CGAAAGGUGAGGAGUGUUUCAACAUUGAAGAAACCUGGUGAAUGAGAGCGCCACGAAGACUGAAACAGUGGAUCAAUCAACAUACAUCUUUCUGAGUGGAGGAGAGAAGGUACGGACGGCAUGCGAAGAUCAGUCACAGAUGCACCGAACCACCCCCUCCCACAUCACGUCCCGAUGUGUGUGUGUAUCUGCCAGCAUCGGAAGACAACUGAGGCCUGAGAGUGUGGCAGGAGGACUCAUCCAGGGAGCAUGUCGGCCACCAAGUUGUCUUCCAUCUACUCUGCCCUGGACAACGGCAACAACAAGAACGCCAUCAAGCUAUGCAACGGGACCUUGCAGAAGCAGCCGCACAACACCACGGCCAAGGCGCUCAAGGCGCUGGCCCUUCAGCGGCUGGGCAAGGCCGACGAGGCCCUCCCGCUGCUCGACGAGAUCAAGCUUCAGAAGCCAAAGGACCCGGAACUCAUACGGGUCGCAAACUGUGUCUAUCACGCCGUCAGGAAAGGUGAAGGAGGCAGCAAAGAUCGAUGGAUGGAUUGGUCGACCGAGUGAUGGCUAAUGCCUGCUGCCUGUCGUGGUGUGUCUGUCUGUCUGUCUGUCUGAAGAGCAAGAUGCGCAGGAGAUGUGUGAGGUGGCGUAUCAGCAGGAUCCCGACAACGAGGAGCUGGCCGUGGCCUACUUCUACUGCCUACUCCGAACACGCGACUACGCCAAGCAGCAGCAAGUGGCCAUGAAGAUGUCCAAGAAGUUCAGCAAGCCAAAAUAUCUCAGGUGGAGCCUCAUGGCCAUCCUCAUGGUACGUACGCACAAUCCCUCACGCACACAAGCGUGCCGUGCUUGCCUCAUCUCCCCCUCUGCCGGCCUGUCACUGAUCGAUCGAUCAGUCGUCUGGUCUUGACGGUGCCGGCAGCAGGACCCUUGACCUCGCCGAAAUGAUGCUCGCUAAGGUCAGUCACCAGGGAAGGAAUUAUAUGAUCCAACAAAGUCGCAUCAUCAUGUGUGUUGUCUUGGCUGGUUGCUGUUCUGUUACUGCAGGCCCCGUUGAAUGUGCCUCCCCGCGGUGCGGGCGCCCCGCCGGCGACCAAGGGGGGAGCGGCCAGCACACUCAGGGAGAGCUACGGACGUGAGCAGAGGCAGGCGACACGACAAACGGCCAUCCCAUCCUCUCUCGAUGGCCUUCAUGUUGCUUGUCUCUGUCUGGGUGUGGGGAGGGGAUGUUUCAGUGUUCCUACUGCACAUGUCGGUCCUGCGGCUCAAGGGCAAAUACGCGGAAGCCCUCGGUGAGGGAGGGACGGAGGGACAACCUAGCCAGCACUCCAUGUGUCAGUCAUGUGUUGUGGUGUGCCGUCACACAUGUGGUGUGGUGUAGAGCUGUUGGGCAAGUGCGAAAGUUGCACCAUGGUGCCGUUGGAGGACUAUGCCCUCCGUGUGCAGCUGGAGGCCGAACGCGGCAGGCUCGACAAGGCCAUCGAAGCCGUCAGGAGAUACCUGCUGCACGAGUAAGCCACCGAGUCAGGCAGACAGACAGCGAGGGAAAGGGGCACCUACAUGGUUGCAACAGAUACCAGCACCAGCAGCAUGCGUCGGUUCUGUCUGUCUGUCUGUCUGUGUGUGUCGCUGAAUAUGUCGUCCUUAUGUAAUAUUCCCAGCAAGAAUCAGUGGUGUGCGACUGAGGUGUUUGUGCGUCUGAGUGUGGAGCGGUCUCUGCAGGCGGGCCGGCAGAGGGAAGACGACGACCCGCUAUGGACACUCGACUUCAACACAAGGGUCAGUUCAGUGGGGUGGGUGGGGUGGUGGACACAAAGAAAGAGAGCUCUGCUGUCGGUCUGGCCACACACACACACACACACUGAUAUCUAUGUCUGGCUCUGUGUGUGUGUGUGUGUGUGUGUAGGUGAAUAUGGACGAGGCGACGGCCAAUAGGAUGUCGGAGCUGGGCGCUCUCAAGGUACACAUGCAUCCACUAGACCAAACCAGCACAAUACGGGUCUCUGGAAAUGCUGUCUGUCUGUUGGUCUGCCGGUUUGUUUGUCCUUCAUUCAUUGCAGACGUCUGACCCGAUCAGCGAUGCGUAUUUGAUGCUUCGUCACGUGCGUGACGGCAUCAUCAAGUUCUCCGACGCAUCCAUCACAGCACCCAUGUCAGAACCACCCUCGCCAGAGGAGGGGUACGCUACGCACACAAACCAACACCGACCGAAUCAAUACCAACACCCACCACAAUUUUUGCACUUGACUUGCUGUGUGUGUGUGUGUCAGGCGAAGGUGGGCGUUGUGUGCUGAGCUGGAGCUGAGGAAACAGACGCUGGUCGUCCACGCAGAGAAGAAACUGCGCAAGAAGAGUAAGUAACGACAGACAAAUGAGAAGUCGGCUUGAUGAUGGUGCUGGCAUGUGAAUUGGGUUCCGUCUGUGUGUGUCAGUCGGUGAUAUGUCAGCGCAGGAGCUGUGGGGCGUGGCGUCGCAGCCAGAGGGGGCCUCCUUCAUAGGACUCAUCGACACGUAGGCAUAUCCACUUGACACACCAACUGACUGAGGGAUGCGAUGCCUUCCCGUGCACAUCAGGUAUGCGGCCGAGUUCGGCGGGAGCCCCACCUGCUUCUACGAGCUGAGGCCGUACCUCGCCUUCCUCGUAAGGGGUCACAUCACGCCCUCCCCCCACACACAGAUCUAUUGAUACGGGGCCACGGCCGGCUGCAAUGGUGUGUAAGUCAGGACGAGGUGAAGGCCCGACAGCUGUCGGGUCUGCUGCGGCCCAGGGUGGUGGUGCCCCAAGAUGGACACAGCAACGAGGUGAGGGAGGGAUUGAGCGGGUGAGUGGGGACGGACACCACGGAGCAGACUCCUUUGUGUGUGGUGCAACCCUGACUGACGCAGAAGCGUCCAGUGCGCCAGUACAUGUCACUGCACAAGAUACUUCACGGUAGGUACAAUGGCACCCACUGAGUGAGGACACCCUCACACAGCGCCCUUGCCUGGCCCGUCAGCUCUUCGGUGGCACAUGCCCAUUGACAAGGCGGAGCGCACCGCUGCCAACGGUGGUGGUGGUGGUGGUGAUGUGGAGCGGGUGGCUGAGUGGCUGUGUGUGUACACGGGCCACCUGCACCUGGACCAGGACAAGUCGUCCAUGAGCUACAACACCGUCGACGAGCUCACAGCACUGGCCGCCGAGGUGGGCAUGGCGUGGCAGGGAUACAGGCGCAGGGCAGAUGCCAGAUGAUAUGCGAUGCGCAUUGAAGUGUCUGUCUGUCUGUCUGUGUGUGUGUGUCUGUCCUGUCUCUCUGUAGGUGUUGGUAGAGAUGGACGAGCGGCAAGCGAGAGGUAAAUGCUCACUGGUGAGCACGGCAGACAGACAGACACCCUGACCGACAAACAACACCAACACUCCUAUCCAUCCCCAGCCACGGCCAACGAUGGAUGGUGUCUGUCCAACAGAGGCCCAUCGGCAAGGCAAGACAGUGCCCCUGGCGGAGAGGGAAGCCGUCGUAUCGGCCCUUGCCGUGCUCGAAAUGGUAGGCCCAACACAACACACCUCAGCCUUCUUUUCAUGUCCUUGUGUGUGUGUGUGUGUGUGUGGUCAGUGCCUGGCCCAUUCCGAGUACAAUUUCCACGCCAGGUUCCUGAGUCUGCUCAUCUACAGCCACUUGGGGCUUGGUGCGGCCGCCCAGUCCUUCAUCGUCAAGCUCGACUUCAAGAACGUCCAGUACGAGGCACUCGGAUACACGCUCUUCGACACAUACUUGGACUCCGCCAUGAUGUAACCAACCCCUACACCACCCUCCACACACACACACACACACGCGCAACACGCAAUACAUUCACAACGACUUAUCUGUGUGUCUUUCUUUAUCUCCGUGUGUUGAAUGAUGUGAUUGUGAUGCAGCCCCGAGGCUCUGGAGGUGUGCAAGGAGAUGUGUGAGUUGGAGGCCGACUUCUACCGGCAGACGCAGGACGCCAUGCAGAAUGCAUACGAGCACGAGAGCUACGGCAGGGUCGCCGACUUCACCGCGGCACUCGACAGGAUGAAGCGGUCCAUGCAGCCCGUCAGGGCCGAGGUCAUGGAGGGCCUCAUGAACCUGCAGCAGGCACUGGGGGACACCUCCCAGGGCGACGGGUUUGGCGACAUGGCGCUGCUCGUGCAGAAGGACAUGCCAAUGCUCAGGAAACACGCCGGUGGGUCGGGUGUUUCCAGACAGACAGACAGACAGAUGGUUCAUCGUUUGUCGUUUCCCUCCCUCCCUGUGUGUCGUUGUGUUGCUUGCAGGGAUGUCGUUGUCUUGGUACCAGCUGAAUCAGGACCGGCAGGUGCAUCUGAGGUGCACCUCCGUCCCCCCCUUCCCAGCGCUGCCGCCCUCACCGCCCCCAUCCCUCACAUCAGUCAUCCCACCUGCCACCUUCAUCUCCCACCCCCCCACACACACCCAACCACAACACACACAGACACAGCCAACGGCAACCGGCGCCACGAAGACAUCAUCAGCAGGAGAUGACGACCACGCGAGCAGCAGCAGCCGGGGCAGCCACAGUGACAACGACGGGGGUGUGGCCAGCACCAUCCGUAAGGUGCCGCCGGUGAGGUGCGCGUCUGUGCCAAUGCCUGUGGUGCCUCCUGUGGCUGCGGCCGAGGGUUAUGGGGGCUUUGUGAGCCUCUUCCUGCCCAGGUUUCAGGAGAUGCCGGCUUGCCUUAAGUGAGGGAGGGAGUGGCCGGCCAGGGAAGGGAGGGAGGGGAGGCAGGAGGGGUGCUGUGCUGUGUGUGCUGGAGAGAGUGGUGUGGUGUGGGUGUAUGUGUGUGUAUGGCUUGAUGCAGGAUGUGGGCGACUGCGUUGUCGAUAGUGUGUCUGCUGUACGAGAAAGACCUGGACGAGGCGUCAAGGAUGCUCAGCGACCUCCGACACCUCAUGGCCAUCACAGGUGUGUACCACACACACAGACAAAUACACACACAUUGCCAGGAAGACUCUUUCCCCCGUCUGAUCCACAUUCACCCACUCGUCAGGCAUCAUCCAGGCCCAGCAGCCUCUCCCCAGGCCAGAGCAUGACACAGCCUUGCCAUCACCGCCCACCGACGACACCGACAGCACGUCAGCAGCAGCUGCAGCCGAUGCCGCAGAUUCGACGGACGGCACUGCCCCUGCACCGUGCAGCAGGUUGUGGUGGGGCGAUGACGCCCACGGGAUCAGCUCCCCACCACCGCCGUGGGACACUACAUCUGGAGAGCCAUCGGGCAGAGACAAAGCGGUGAGUGAAAGCAAACGAACAGGGCAUAUGGCUGUGUGUCAGUCAUAUUUGGUUUGUCUGUCUUUGACCCGUGCGUGUGCGGCACGUGACUGGCAGUUUUGGCGGAUGACCUAUCUGUGUCUGGAUGUCGCCCAUCGGGUGCUGGAGGCGUGUGGGCCGUCCCAUCCCAACGGCAGCACUAGCAGCAGCAGCAGCCGCCCACCACCGAAGCCCUCCCCCGCCCCUGCCUCCACUGCCCCCCUGGCAGCGUCCAGCUCCUCAUCCCUAUCGCUCGCAGACGGCCCCGACCCAUCACACACACACCGAUCUCCAGCCGUUGAUGACGUGUCGGUGCGGGCGGGGUCGACUUGGGAGGAUGUGGAGAGGGGGCUGGAGGUCCUCACGCAACUGCUGCCUGGUCAGGCCUGACAUCAGGGAUUCUGCUGUGUGUGGUGGCGGAGCACUUGGAGCUGCUUGGCUGUGCGUGUGUAUGCGUGUGGUGUGGUGCAGAUGUGAUGAGGAUAGGUGGUGGGCUGGAGACUGCGGAUGAGAGCAAAGGCAAGGAGGCGGGCGGGACGGCUGAGGCCGCUGGUGGUGGUGGUGGUGGUGAUGCGGCAGUGGGGCGGUUCCAGCGCUUCAUGUGGGAUGAGGGCGGGUGCACAGGUGCGGUGGGCUGAGCUGAACACACAGCAGGCGACGCGACCAGUGAUUGCAAUGAUGUGCCGUCCCGUCUCCGUUUCUUGUCUUGGUUCAGGUUGCAGCCGUUUCCUGCUGGGUCCGCUGCUGUUUGUGACGGCCCUCUUCCCCUGGAUCGCACAGACCAUGCCCAGGGCGCGCAAAGACAAAGACAAAUCCGCCGUGAGCACAAUAAAUAGCCAUAAACAAUGGCCAUGCCGAUGACAGACAGCAUCACAGGACGUUUCUCUCUUGGUCCCGGCUGCGUUGGUUGCUCUGUCUGGUUGCUCUCGUGUCAGGGUCCGUCUGCCGUCCAUGCGGCCCGCAUUGCCUUCAAGGGUUGCAUCACGGCCUAUGUGUCGGAGCUGACGCGGCUGUCGACCAUCCUCGGCAGGGCGCGCCAGGCGAUGGCCGACAAGCCGAGCGACGCACCGACAGGGGGGCUGUUCCCGGACCAGGGGGAGCUUACCAAGGUAGGUGACCACCAACACGCUGUUGUGUGUGUAUGUAUGUGUGUGGGUGGGUGCUGGUCGGUCAGGAGUUGGAUGUCUAUCGACGUUCGGUGGCCACUCAGAUACUCAGCUCACAGAGGCAGCAGCUGCAUAGGCUCAAUGAGGUCAGCCAGCCAGCCAGCCACUUGGUGCGGGCGGUGCCAUGGAUGAGAUGAGUGGACGGACGGACGGAUGGAUGGAAGGCACAUAUCAUCCCGGCGUGUCGUGCGCCUCUCUCUUUGUUUGCAUCUGUAUGGCCGUGUGUUGUGUGCAGUUGGUCCAGAAGAGGCUGCAGGUGCUCAGGAAGAUCACUUUCAAGCCCUGAGGAGGGUCUAUCACCACACCAUUCACUCGUGUCGCGGUGGCAUCACUAAGCUAUCUGUUCAUGGCAUUUGACGGGACUCUAAUCGAUCCACACGCUCGUCCACUCAGUCACUGGGUGGGAGGUUGACAAUUGCGUGCUGUGCCAUGACCGUGUGUGCGUGUGUGUACAGCGAGCGAGAGCACUAGCUGUCUGCCUGUGCGUGAGACAAGCAACCCCUGCGUGGUGACUGCAGAUGACGGAUCGUUGAUGAGCCCUUUUCCACUGAAAGCAUUCACCGUAGCAUGAUCUGAUCCAGCCACUGUCGCA